AUGUCCCGAGUUCAAGUGUCAAUUCUCGGAGUACUUAUUCUCAUUUCGUUCGUUUUGACCACAAUUUCAACGUUUACCAAAUAUUGGAUCGUUUGGCACAAUGGAUUGUUCAAAGGUCAUUUUGGAAUCGUUCCGUUUCAAUCGUUCAAAGUCUACCGUCAAGGAUGUUCCCAUGGAGUUCGUAUAAACUUUUUUGGGAUUCUUAUAUUUUGUCUUUUGAUUGCAUGCCUUCAAGUUACCGCGUUUACAUUCACGGCUAUAAAUGUUGUGAAUUUUAAAUUCUGGAUGACUACAGUAGUCAAUCAAAGUAUGGGAAGUUCUGCAUUUCUAGCAAUAAUUUCUGCGGUCAUUGCAUGUUUGGCAACUGCACAGGCUGGGAAUAUAGCGAAAAGGUAUUGUAAUUAA